GUGGCGUGUAGGUGGCAGCGGGCGCGGGCGGCGACGAGGCUGGAGUCCCUGCAGCGAGCCGAGCUGAGCGCAGCGGGGACUAGAGCCCAGGGCGGCGGCGGAGGCAGGACGAUGGCAGCGCCCACCGGGGCCGAGGCAGUGCUUGCAGUCGCAGCCCGCAGGCGCUGGCUGUGGUCGGUGCUGGCGGCGACGCUCGGGCUGUUGACCACCAGCACAUCAGCCUUGGAGGUAUAUACACCAAAAGAAAUCUUCGUGGCAAAUGGGACACAAGGGAAGCUGACUUGCAAGUUCAAGUCCACCAAUACCACCGGCACGUUGACUUCAGUCUCCUGGAGCUUCCAGCCAGAGGGGACCGACACCAGCAUGUCGUUUUUCCACUACUCACAAGGGCAAGUGUAUCCUGGGAAUUACCCACCAUUUAAGGACAGAAUCAGCUGGGCUGGAGACCUCGACAAGAAAGAUGCCUCGAUCAACAUCGAGAACAUGCAGUUCAUGCACAACGGCACCUACAUCUGUGACGUCAAAAACCCUCCCGACAUUGUUGUCCAGCCGGGACACAUUCGCCUCUAUGUUGUGGAGAAAGAGAUCUUGCCGGUGUUUCCAGUUUGGGUGGUGGUGGGGAUAGUAACCGCCGUGGUCCUAGGGCUCACUCUCCUCAUCACCAUGAUCCUGGCUGUCCUCUAUAGAAGGAGAAACGCUAAGCGGGAUUACACUGGCUGUAGUACUUCAGAGAGUGUGUCACCGGUGAAGCAGCCUCCGCGGAAGUCCCCAGGCGACACAGAGGGUCUAGUAAAGGGCCUGUCUUCUGGAUCCCACCAGGGCCCAGUCAUAUAUGCGCAGUUAGACCACUCUGGCGGACACCACAGUGACAAGAUUAACAAGUCAGAGUCUGUGGUGUAUGCGGACAUCCGGAAAAAUUAAGAGAAGACCCAGAACAUAUCCUGAGCAAGAAGCAGAUCCAAACUGGACUCUUAUGCAGAAAAUGUAGCCCGUGACCACCUGUGGCCUUGGAGACCUGGGCAAGGACAAGCACGUGUGUGUUCACAGAGGCAGGAAGAGACGUGGAUAGACGAUGUGCAGAACUAUUCUAUUUAAUCCGAUGUGGGGAGCCAGCGUUGCAUGAUGAAAAGAUGCUAUCAUUCUGCGUGUGUAUAAAUGGUCUUGCUGUUU